AUGGCCCGCCCGAUCAACACCACCUCGCAGGACAACCCCUCCUCCCCCACGGAGCACGACCCCUCCUCCGCGUCUUCCAAGCCCCUCCCGGACCCCGCUACUUCCCAGGUCCACCACCGACGGCCCGGGACCUCAGGGACGCUCGCGGCUCUCCAAACCACAAGGCGCCAGGCCUCGGAGAAGUUCCGUCAAGCCGAUCGCGCAGAGCGUACCUACCGCGCGACAAAGUGGUCGGCAGCGGCGCGGGCCAACCGAGCUGAGGCUGGAGACCACUUCCGCCAGUCACGCCAGCACUUCACGUUGGGGUGCCGGCUGCUCGUGGAGGCGGUGCGGGGCUGGCCAUACGUGCUGCGCGAGCGGCGCGAAGCGAGGAGGGUCAAGGCAGAGGAGGCGAAGAGGAAGAAGGUGUUGGAGAUGAAGAAACGGUUGGAUGAGAAACUGGGAGAGGCGAAAGAUGAGGAUCGGGAAGGGAAGAAGGAUGUUGAGGGAGAAAAGGGGGCGAAAACCGUCUAA